AUGGGUAACGUGAACGCGAGAGAAGAAGCGAUCAGUAAUACCGCUUCUGCCGACGACGCUGAGAUUUGCUCCUCCCGCGAGGCCAUGUCCUCCUCCGACGGCACCCAUCCCCCUCCGCCUGAGCUCAUGGGUCAAUCCCCUCCUCACAGCCCUCGAGCCACCCAGUCCCCUCUCAUGUUCGCUCCCCAGGUUCCCGAGCUUCCACUGCAGAGGCCCGAUGAAAUUCACAUCCCAAACCCCUCGUGGAUGCAAUCGCCUUCCUCCUUGUACGAAGAGCCUUCCAACGAGCAAGGUAUCCCCACCAUGAUCACAUGGUGCCAUGGUGGCAAGGAAAUCGCCGUCGAGGGAUCAUGGGACAACUGGAAGACAAGAAGUCGGCUGCAGAGAUCUGGGAAAGACUUCACAAUCAUGAAAGUGCUUCCCUCAGGCGUCUACGAGUACAGGUUCAUUGUGGAUGGACAGUGGAGGCAUGCCCCUGAGCUCCCCUUGGCUCGAGACGAUGCUGGCAACACUUUCAACAUUUUGGACCUCCAGGACUAUGUUCCUGAAGACAUUCAAAGCAUAUCUGGGUUCGAGCCCCCACAAUCUCCAGAGUCUAGUUACAGCAACUUGCUUCUGGGAGCUGAGGACUACUCGAAAGAACCGCCUGUGGUUCCCCCGCACCUACAGAUGACGCUGCUCAACUUGCCGUCAGUCAACCCUGACAUUCCACCUCCGCUACCGAGGCCUCAGCAUGUCAUUCUCAAUCAUCUUUACAUGCAGAAAGGCAAAAGUGGUCCUUCUGUGGUUGCCCUUGGUUCCACUCACCGCUUUCGAGCAAAGUAUGUAACUGUGGUGCUCUACAAGUCCCUGCAGAGGUAA